CAUUCAGAUAGAGAAAUGAAAUACGUGCUAGUGACAGGUGGAGUCGUCAGUGGGCUCGGCAAGGGCGUCACUGCCAGCAGUAUAGGAGUCGUCCUUAAGGCUUGCGGCCUUCGAAUCACUUCCAUCAAAAUAGAUCCUUACCUGAAUACUGAUGCUGGUACCAUGUCCCCCUUUGAGCAUGGGGAGGUCUUUGUUCUUGAUGAUGGCGGAGAGGUUGAUUUAGAUUUAGGUAACUAUGAGAGGUUCCUGGAUGUGACACUUACGAGGGAUAACAACAUUACCACAGGAAAGAUAUUUCAGUCUGUGAUUGAAAAGGAGAGGAGAGGUGAUUAUCUUGGAAAGACUGUUCAGGUAGUUCCACAUAUCACUGAUGCCAUUAAAAAUUGGAUCGAGUCAGUUGCUGUCAUUCCUGUGGAUGGAAAGGAGGGCGCUGCAGAUGUAUGUGUGAUAGAAUUGGGUGGAACAGUAGGUGACAUUGAAUCGAUGCCAUUCAUUGAGGCUUUGCGUCAACUGUCAUUUUCAGUUGGACAAGAUAACUUCUGUCUUAUUCAUGUGAGCCUGAUACCUGUGCUAGGAGUUGUUGGCGAGCAAAAAACAAAGCCUACACAGCACAGUGUCCGUGAAUUGAGAGCAUUAGGCUUGACUCCACACCUAUUGGCAUGUAGGUCUGCUCAGCCUUUGUUGGAAAAUACAAAGGAGAAACUGUCUCAGUUUUGUCAUGUUGCGGCUGCUAAUAUUCUCAAUAUCCAUGAUGUUCCAAACAUUUGGCAUAUCCCUCUACUACUUAUGAACCAAAACAGCCAUUAUGCAAUUCUAAAACAGCUUAACUUGCUUAGCAUUGCAACACCUCCUGAUUUACAAGAUUGGACAAAGAUGGCUGAGACUUAUGAUAAUCUCACUAAUUCUGUUAGGAUUGCAAUGGUUGGGAAGUAUGUUGGCCUGACAGACUCAUAUCUGUCUGUUGUGAAGGCCCUUCUACAUGCCUGUAUUGCAUGUUCAUUGAAGCCAUCAAUUGAUUGGAUUGCAGCUUCAGAUCUUGAAGAUGAUACUGCAAAAUUGACACCAGAAGCUCAUGCUGCUGCAUGGGAGACUUUGAGGAAUGCAGCAUGUGUCUUAGUGCCAGGAGGUUUUGGAGAUCGUGGUGUAAGAGGAAUGAUGCUGGCUGCCAAGUUUGCCAGAGAGAACAAUAUUCCUUACCUUGGAAUUUGCUUAGGCAUGCAGAUUUCUGUAAUUGAGUUUGCUAGAUCUGUUUUGAGUAUGGAAAGAGCAAAUAGUGAGGAGUUUGAUGCCCAAACAUCUGAAAAUGUUGUGAUCUUCAUGCCCGAGGGUUCGACAACACACAUGGGAAGCACAAUGAGAUUAGGAUCCCGGAAGACCUUUUUCCAGACCCCUGACUGUAUUACUGCUAAAUUAUAUGGUAAUCGUCAGUAUGUAGAUGAACGACAUCGACAUAGAUAUGAGGUAAAUCCCGACAUAAUUGGAGUUCUAGAAGAAAGAGGCUUAAAGUUUGUUGGGAAGGAUGAAACAAGAAAGAGGAUGGAGAUUUUAGAGCUUCCAAGUCAUCCUUUUUAUAUAGGUGUGCAAUUUCAUCCAGAGUUCAAAUCACGUCCCCGGAGGCCAUCACCCCUAUUUUUAGGUUUCAUGUUGGCAGCAACAGGAAGGUUGGAAGCAUUUCUUAACAAUCACCAGAAUGGGGUUUGAUUUACAUGAUUCUUCAAAAUCAGGCAUAAAAAAGGUAGUUAUUUCUCAUGAGAAAAGAGUAAAAUUUUAAGGGAUAGAUACAAUUAACAAAAAUUUUAAAGAACGUUUUAGGUUGAAAUGCAACUGAUCUUGUGAUUCGUCUGUGUUGGAAUUGUGCUCUCUGCCUGGUUGUAAAAUGUAAAUUGUUAAAAAUUAGCUGGCAGUUGCAUGCAUUACUAUUCUGACCUGUACGGGUCAAGUAUGUACAUGACUAUCAAAAUUUAAACUAAUAUCAAUCGAAGGAUCUCUGUUACGAA